AUGGUAAAAUACUCGAACCAUCAGGCGGCGCUGGUCACCCAGGAUACGUGUAUGGUAAUUUUAGCACCCCUCAUUACACCAGAGGUGCAGUCGCGUGCAUUUGCUUCAACUACAACCUCUCUCGUCUUCAGCAUUGUGGUCUAUCCAUCGAAUACCGUGGGCUAUUCGAGUUGCUACCCGCUCCGGACGGGUCACCUCGCUCCCCUAUACCCCCAGACCACAGACCACUACUGGUCGACCAUCUCCCCAAUAGACUGGCGGAAUGCUAGUGGCUAUGAAGAAGCUUCCUAUGGCGUCCCCAAAGAACCAAUCCUUUGUCCUCUCCCACAUGCGACCAUGAAGAAACAAAGCCAUCUGCGCCUCUGUAUCGAUAGUAUCGCGUUCGCUCAGUGGCAUCCACCCCCGCCGACUCCACGAUUCAGGAGGGCAUCCCACAUGAGACAGUACAAGUGGAUGGCCAUGGAUGGCUUUGGAACCCUUGGGAAUACAGCCCACGCUCUUAUCACGGGUGAUACCACAUCGCCCUGA